AUGUCGCGUUUGCCGCACGUCUGCGGUCUCUGUUUGCUGCUGAGAUUUUGGCAGCUUUUGGCCUUGGCCCCGUUUCGAGUUGGUGGGCGACUGGGUGCCAGGUGUCAGCGAUGGGUGACCUUGAUGGCACUUUUCAGGUGGCUUCUCCUGACUUCGGUUGCUCCAUUUACCCUGUGGAAAAGUGCCGCCAUGUAUGAGGCCACCAAUGUCCGGCAUUCAACGGUCUUCAAGACCAUUGCUUUGGCCACCAUGACGGGAGAUGUCUGCAUUUCCUUGGCUCUACUAGGAACGCAUCUCGUAAAACGCAAGGAGUUGGCCACUCUGGUGAAUGGCUUGACCAGAUUGCAUCGCCGGAGAAGAUUAAGUUGGUUUUCAACCGUAUUCCUGUGGCUAAAACUCCUCCUCUCCCUCUACGAACUUUUCUGCAAUAUACCCUUUCUCGAGGGAGCAGGCAGCCGACUGCCUUGGUCUCAACUGCUAGCUUUUGGAGUCCAGCUUUAUGUCCAACAUGUUACCAGCGUCUAUGCCAAUGGUAUCUUCGGUGGCAUGCUACUAAUCCUGGAGUGUUACUACCAACUGGAUGGCGAGGACACCAUCCUAGCUAGACUUUUAAAAAAGGAACGCAGCUGGAUGAGAUUGGUCACGAGAUUCGUGAAGGUCUUUCAGCUGGGCAUCUUUCUGCUGGUCAUCGGCAGCUUCAUCAACAUUCUGGCCAACAUGUACGCCUUCAUGUCCUACUUUGUAUCCCUCCACGGGGUUCCUCUAACCAUUUCCAAUAAUUGCCUUAUCAUGGCAGUUCAGCUGUACGCUGUUGUCUUGGCAGCUCACCUUUGCCAGGUGAGAUCUGCAAGCUUAAGAAAAGUCUGUUUGGAAAGGGAAUAUGUUCCGGAUGGAUUGUUACAGGAUCAGGCCAUGGCUGCAACACCAUUUCCUUUGGUCUCACCCACUGGCAAUGUCAAGUUUCAUAUUUUAGGCCUCUUUACGGUGGACCACUCCUUCUGGCUUUUCCUGGUCUCCUAUGCCAUGAACUUUAUUGUGGUAAUCCUGCAGUUUAGCCUUGAGAAUAUGGCACAUGCUUGA